AAUUGAAUGUGAUGAUGUGUCAUGAUUGUGUUGGUAGAGGCAUUAAAAUCAAAGACUGACAAUAUUGAACAUCAUAUGGAAGAACAAAUCCAGAAGAAACCCAGAAUCCUGUGUCUCCAUGGAUUCAGAACAAGUGGUCAAAUCCUCAAGAAACUAGUCUUACGUUGGCCUGAAACUGUACUACAAAAACUAGACCUUGUUUUCAUCGAUGGUCAAUUUCCAGCACAAGGAAAAUCAGACGUUGAAGGCAUUUUCGAUCCACCUUAUUAUGAAUGGUUCCAAGCCAACGAGGAUUUCACAGUGUAUAGGAACUUUGAAGAAUGUUUGGGAUACAUUGAAGAUUAUAUGCUAGAAAAUGGUCCUUUUGAUGGUGUGCUUGGAUUUUCUCAGGGAGCUUUUUUAGCCGCUGCAUUGCCAGGAAUGCAAGAACAGGGAGUAGCACUUGAGAAGAUAAGCAAGAUAAAGUUCCUGAUUCUGAUAUCAGGAGCCAAGUUUGGUGGAAUGAAAUAUGGAACACCUAAACUAGCUUCCAAUGCAUUUUCAAAACCAAUUCAUUGCCCUUCUCUUCACAUUAUAGGUGAGUCAGAUUUCAUGAAGCCAGAAAGCAUUAUUUUGCAAGAGGCUUUUGUUGACCCUGCUGUGAUUCAUCACCCAAAAGGACACACAAUCCCAAGACUUGAUGAAAAGAGUCUUGAAACUAUGCUUGAUUUCAUUGACACAAUUCAAGGAAUGCUAUCAGAUGGUCACACCAAGCAUUAAAUCUUGAUGUAGAAUUUUGGCUCCCUUUCUAUGAGACUAUGAUGCGAAACUUGGGGCAAAAUGUAUAAUGAUUUUGUGGGAGAAGGUAUUUAGUCUGUUAUAACUAUUACCUAUGUUGAACCAUCAGAGUUUUAUGUGUCUAGAUAAGCUAUGAAGAUGAACCUGAUAAGUAGUUGAUUUUUCAUAUAUAAAUAUUGUAAACCUCUCCUUUGAUGAUAAAUAAGAAUCAGAUCACUCAUUCAUAUUCAACCCUUCUUGAGCGCAACUAUGAAAAUUUUCAUCUCUAAUCAAGAUUGUUUCUCAUUAUCUCUAAACAAUUAUACCUAAUCUUAUUACUCAUAUAUGGAAAAUAAUCACUUCUAUUGAGAGUAGGGAGGUUAUACUUAUUUGGAGGCACAUAAGUUAUGGCAUGUCUGCCCUUCAGGAUGCCUACAACUAUGUUGCAACUCCUUCAACCAAGAAAUACAAGACAUAUCACAUUUGAAAUAUUGCAAUUCCUCCUUCCCAAUCCAUAAUGGAAUGGAGACUCAUUCACAACAAGAUGCAAAUUUAUGAGAAUAUGAUGAAGAGAGAGUGUUAUUCUCCAAUUUGUAAUCUUUGCCACUCUUUCACAGAAUCCCCAUCCCAUCUUUUCUUGUACUGUCCACUGGACUCCAAGAUUUUGAUUUGGCACAAGAUAGAUUUCUCCUCAAUCCUCACUACUUUUGAGGUGUGCAGCAAAGGGUGGAGCCAUGAGUGAAAGUUGCUCAUUUGUUCGACCAUCAUAGCAACUUUCAAUCUCAUAUGGAAUUGUAGAAACUCAAACAAAUUCCAUGACCAAAGUCUUAACAUUAACAUUAUGACUUCUCAGAUAAUUGACUUUGGUUCUAUGACUAGAAAUCUCACCAAGCUGGUCACAUGGUCUUCCAUAACUGAUUUCUUGGAACUCAAGAAUUUCAAAGUCUUUACACACCCUUUUAAAGCUCCAAACAUCAAGGAAACUGAUCUAGUAACCUCCCUUCUUGAACGGGUUGAAAUGUAACACUGAUGAUACAGCUUUAGGCAGCCCUUCUAAGUUCUAUCUCUGCUUGUGUAGGAAUCUUCAGAACCCCACAAUCUCCAGACUCCCUUAAUGUUACCUUGGUUUGCAAGUCUCACAAUCUUGUUCCUUCGGAAAUCAGAAAUAUAUGGAUGAAUAACAGGAUUUUUGCAAGUCAUUCUCAAAUUUUGAUUUGACACACUUUUAGGGAAGACAAUUAUUGUGCUAAACAAACUUGCCUUUUUAAGUCUUACGUGGAACUAUGCACCUAGUCCACCCUUCUUACUUGUAUUCCUUUUCUUUCUUUAAUAUACGAGGCUUCUAUAAAAAAAAAAUUAAAAUAGACUGGGAGACCAAUUUAAAAUAUAUUUUUAUAUUUGUUAGUAAAUAAUUCAUCAGUGACAAUGGAUGACCUGAAUAAAAUCCUUUAAAUAGUUGUAUUCUAUGGUGGAACAAGAAAAAGAAGAUUCCGAAAGAAUGAGCUAUUUCGGUGCGAUAUCGAUAGUUUCAGGUACAGUGGAGCGGAGAGAACCUGCAAGAUUAGUAAUCCAACGUGAAGUCAGUGAAACUAGAGAGAUAUAGUCUGAGAGUGAGAUAAUCCAUUAAUAACUAAUUGGUAGGAUUUAUAUAAGACAGGAGGUUAAAACCAACCGCCUUUGUCUAAUCAGACAUGUGAUGCAUGGAGUCGUUUAAUAAUAUAUAACGACAGACAAUUCUUGGGUGAUUAAAUCAAGUGCUCGAAUUUCUAAUGAGGUUUCACUUGAUCAUUCAUCCUACUCGGUGGAGAUUUAGAUUGGGCCUUCGUAAUCCGGUCUUCCGCUUUGAGCCUUUAGCCUGCCAAAAACAUUUGUACCCCAAUUUCUUGAUGUUUCUUAGUGAAGCAAGAAUUGCGAUUCUCGGGUCUCUCUAUAUUUUUUUCUCUCUCUCUCUCUCUCUCUAUAUAUAUAUAUAUAUAUAUAUAUAUAUAUAUAUAUCAACUUCAACUAGUCAACUAGCUAACUAAUAAUAAAACAUACCACCAAACACCCAAAAUUACCCUUAAUGAAAAAAAUAAUUACACUUACAAAAGCCCUUUAUAGUAAUUUGCUAAAUCAAAGUUUUAUUCCCACCAAUCACAUAUAUUCAUUCCUCCAAAUGGCACUUUCUUUUCAUAUUCCUUUUCAUUAUUUUUUUAAUAUAUCUAUUAACCAUUGGGUUUUUCCAUCCAACUUUUCAAAACCCAAAAACCUUUUUAAAAAACUUUUCCAUUUCCCACACUUCUCUCUCUCUCUCUCUCUCUCUUCAACAUUCAAACCCUAAAUUCAUGGUCAUCUCUUUCUCCCUCAUCUCCGCUUCUCCCAUUCUCCGAUUCAAACCCUAAAUCUCUGAUUCUCCCCUUCUCUGUUUAAAGAUAUGUUGGAGUGUUCUGGCAAAAAAAAGUGGCGGAGGAAGGAUGGUUUCACGGUGGCUGCAUUUUUCCAAGAUCACAGGGACAAUCCUUCUCUUCUAUUUCUUUUAGUUGUCGUUUGAUAGUAUCAUAAUGUUUUUCUUUAACUUUAAAUCUUCACUCUGUUAAUGAAUGAUGAUUUGUGUUUUCAGCUUCAAAUGGAAACAUUACAGAUUUGAUUGGAUGCCGACUUUCGGUUGGUGAUGUGCUCCUUUAACUGAGAAAAGUUAUCAGAAAGAAUCUAGAUGUGGCUUCAAAGGUAGCUUUCUUUUGGUUCUUGUCGGUGUAAAGACCGUUAGCCUUUGAGUUCGGUGUCAUUUCCACCGCAUCGCCGACAUUGACACAUUCAAGUACUCUAAACUUGUGUUUGCUGUAGACUGUUUGAAUUAAAUGGUGUCUCUAUGUAUGCUGCAUAAUACCGAUUUUCAUCUAUGACAUGUUGUAUGUGUCCUUUGAUUUUGAAGCAUAGUUAACAAGAGUGUUGAUAAUUGUUGCUGGUAAUGAUAUGCAAAAACAAGGGUGGUAAAGACCGUUAGCCUGAGUUCGGUGUCAUUUCUGCCGCAUCACCGACAUUAACACAUUCAGCUCAAUCAGCUACUACCGAGGAGAAUGAUCUCAAGUCCCAAAUUGUGAUUAAAAAAGAAGAUAAUAUACUAAUACUCAAAAACUUCUAGAGGAGCUUCUAAGAGCUGGUCCUGUCCAAGUACGCAAGAUCCCAGGGUUCUAUUUGACAUAUUACACUUUUGAAUAAGUUGUGCACUGGACCCUUUGUGUUUAAUAAAUACAGAUUCUGUUUUGAGACAUUUGAAUAUUUUUGUUUGUUUUUAAGGGUGGUAUUUUAAGGGUGGUAUCUUUUAAUAAAUACAGAUUCUGUUUUGAGA